GACUUAAUUCCCUUAAUGUUUUAUGCAGUAACUAAUGGGCAGUUUAAGAGGAUUUGGAAUCUAUGUGCUAUUCUAAUAUUGAUUUGUCUGAAUCAGGCCGAAUGUGAAGAAUUGACAGCAAAAGUUGAUCUAUCAUCUGCGGAAAACAUGGCAUUGAGAAACGAAUUGACCCAUGUGGAAGAGGAAAGGAAAAAGCUUGCUUCAAGCAAUGGAUUGUUACGGGAGCAGCUGAGGAAUCAGCUAGGAGAAAGUGCACUAGCAGAAAUAGAUAAAAUGUCUUCUACAAAGACAGAAUCACACUUCAUUCAAACAGAAAGUAAAGAGCACUUUCAAGUUGCAUCAAAAUUGUCCAACUCAAAUUCUAGCCAAAGAAAUGAGCAGAGGGAAGUUGAGGUCCAUGAAACUACCGGUAAAACGCAUUUGGCAUUGGAAGCAAAUGCUCAUUCUGACACACUGGCUGUGGGUUGAAAGAAUAUAUCUUUUCGCCUAUUGUAAGUUUUGGUGGAUGAAGAAGUGUCUUAUUCUUGUUUGUUGACUUCUCCAACCAUCUGUAACUGCUUCACAUAACUGUUAUUCUAACUUAGGGAGCUAAUAUCCAGCCUAACAUUCAAGAAUCACUGUUAAGGAAGGAUCAUCCAGAUAUAGAAAAUUCUCAAUCCAGUUAUACAAUAGUAAAAGUUUUUUGUGAAAGAGAUGACCCAAUUAAGAAUUUGAAAUUGGUCCAACCAAGGAUAUGAUCAGGUUAGAUGUUUGGUUAAGACUGACAGACAGGCCCUAGCUUUAAAUUUCAGGGUUGUAUAGUUUACGUAUCGGCCCUCAAAAGAUGGCAAAUGCUGUAAAAUAACCAAUAGAAAAAU